UGUACAUGCGGCUCUAAUCCACUUCGGUGCUGGCAUGUGCCGACUCAGAUUCCUUAAAAUAGAGGAAUGACAGGACGCUCCUGAUCAGACUCUCUGGCGAUAUUUCAAACGACAGAUAGAUUCUUUUAUUGUCAUGGAAUUUGGAGGCUCUAUUACCACGCCUGACCUGGCCGUGCCAAGUACAGAUACACCUCAGCUAGACUAUGCGGUCACUCCAAGAUAUACGUUUGAUCACCCUCUUUUAGGCCAGCUGACCGGUGUUCAGAGCCCAGAUGGCAAAACUGUUCAGUUCAGGGCGAUACAAUAUGCAACUGUGAGCGAGCGGUUUAGACAGUCGAAAUUGAAAGUCGAAUUUGCGGAUGACGAGAGAGAUUUCACGAAAUACGGCUACAGUUGUCCACAGGCUUAUAAUGCAGUCUUCGUCGAUGGUUUGGCGUACGGUGGUAGUCGGCUGCCACCUGUGGCCUCGCAAUAUGACGAGUUCAAAUGUCUGAACUUGACUCUGACUGUGCCGACCUGUGUGCUUGAGGGGAAGAAGAAGGGUGUGCCGGCAAUGGGAUGGGUCCACGGCGGCGCGCUGAAAUUUGGCGGAGGAGCUAAUUAUGGCUUGGAAGAUGCGAGCAAACUUGUGGCGAUGUCUGUGGAUGCAGAUCAACCGACGAUAAUGGCGGCCGUCAACUAUAGAGUCGGUGCGCUCGGAUUUCUGAUUUCUCAAGAACUAGUUGAAGAGGCUGAGCGAAACGGUGAACCCGCGGGAAACUUUGGAAUAUGGGAUGUUAUUCAUGGAUUCCAGUGGCUUCAGAAGUUUCUUCCGGGAUUCAACAGCGACAAGGACAACGUUACGGCAUUUGGCGAGAGCGCAGGCGCUAUCAUUAUCUCGUAUCUGAUAAUCAGUAGCUGGGCGCAAGAGGAGAAGGAGAAUGCACUGUUCAAACGGGCUAUUCUGCAAAGUGGAGAUGCAAGCGUGAUGCCGGUUCAUAAAUUGGAGGAGGAGCAAGCCGCGUUCGAGACAUUAUACAAGACACACGUUUCACGAAUCGUGUAUCCCGUGAAAAGCUGGAAUGGGGACCGAGUGGCAGCUCUGAGGAAAGUGCCGGUGCAGGCGAUUGUUGAUACGAAUCUUGCAUUCAUGCUGCUGCACCCGUUCUUGGAUGGGAAGCUGUUUGGCCAAAGUUAUACAUUGGAUGAUGUGUGCAAGCGGACAUACCAGUGCUCCUGGCUUGAGUCUAUCAUGCUUGGUGAUUGCGCAUAUGAGGGCAGUGUUUUCCUGAAACUGUAUGAUUCGAUCCUGGCCAGGGUGCCGAACCCAAACUACAUCUUUUCGCUGCAACUCGAGCGAAUGUUUGGCCCCAAGGUCGCUGCGAAAUUAGCCGAGCUGUUGCGCCACUAUAAUCUAGACCACUACGCAGAUUUACCGGUGAGCAAGUUUGCGACGAUUGCGUCUGGGAUCAUCGAGUACGCGAAAACACUGGUGGUCGCUCCGAUGCCGCACUCGGAAGAGAAGCGGAAGAAGAUGUGUGACUUUGUUGGAGCUGUGUGUUUCCAUUCGCAUACCUACAAGCUGGCACGGUGGGAAAGAUAUGGGGAGAAGAAGCGGGACGUUCCGGCUUACUAUUAUCACUUUGAUAAAACCAACCCGUUCCCGCAAGAGCCCUACCACAAUCAGUCACAUCACUAUGUCGAUGUCAUACAUUUGUUUCAGAACGCGAAUGAGCGGAUUUCAAAACUGGAGGGAGUUGACGUUGAGUUUGAAGCGAGCACAGCAAAGAACAUGGGCUUGAAAUGGAUAGAGUAUGGCAACGGAAAAGUGCCGUGGGAGCAGGACAAAGUCGGGAUACUGGGACAUCCGGGAUCGGAUGGCAGUUGGCAGGUGACGACGGAUGAAGAGGAUGAUGCUGCAAACAAUCGGAAGCUCGCAGCAUGGUGGAUGCUCACGGAUGAGUAAGCCUUCUGGCAUCACCUUCAAGCUGGUUGAUAGAAAGGGUCAGGUGGCAUGAUGCAUCCUGCCUUAAGUGAUUAUCGCAUGUGGAGGAGAGAAUGGGAGCAUUCAAACUCUGGUUAAAUUCAACCCGGCACCGCUUAAAUGUAGUUCGCGGGGCAGAACACUGCGUGUUUUCUAGAUGAAUGAUAUUUUUACCUCAUUGACGGAUGCGGGGUGGGCCAGAAAGAGGCCUAGUCCGCGAGCCGUUGGAUUAUCCGAUGGGCAAACCCUAUGCUUGUCGGACUUUGUUUCGGAGAGUUAUCGGAACGGCCAGACACAUGAUCCCUGGUUGCGCGCUUUGACUAAGGCUCUGUCCUUUGACAAAGAGACUCCUCGCUAUCUCCCAUGGACUUUAUAGAUAAUAAAAAGAACAUCAUGCCAAGCA